AUGGCGGAGCAGAGGCAUGAAGUCGCCACGGCGAAUGCGUCCGCCUCGGAAAGCGAGCUCAGCGAUGAUUCUCAAGGCUCGAGAAACCCAAAGAAGCGUAAAAGGAACCAAAAGAUAUCGUGCGAGCUAUGCAAGGCAAGAAAGGUCAAAUGCGAUCGCGCAGAGCCAUCCUGUGGCUGGUGUUCGAAAAACAACCGCAUCUGUGUCUACCAGGAGCGGAAGAAACCUGGAAUGCGAAUCGCCUAUGUCCACGAGUUGGAGGACAAAGUCAACCGCCUGGAGGCCAUGCUCAACUCUCUUGGCCGUCGGGUAGAGGAGCACAUCCACGAUCAUGACACAGCCGUCCAAAGCAAGACGUCGGCAACAUACAGCCAGCCAGGCUACACGCCACUUUCAGAUAUAUCACGAGAAGCCGUUUCGCAGAACAUCAGCAGCCCCACGACAGAUUCGUCGUGGCAAUACUCCAAUGGGCAACGUGAUUCAUCCCGGCUUCUACCCGAACCCAUGUCAGUGCGCUCUGUCGUGGACACACCCGACAUCCGUUCAACGACUCGGCCGAGGUCGUACACAGCAUCGACAGUGGCCACCAGACCUUACGCCAUUGGGGAGUCAGAUCUGCCUCCUUACGAUGUUGUCUAUAAUCUGGUCGACCUGUUUUUCAAGCACGUCAAUCCCUGGUCACCCAUUCUCGAUCGAAAGACCACAUUCAAUGUGCUCUUUGGUGGUGCUCGCCUUACGGAAGACGAUCGAGUCCUCCUCAAUGCCAUCGUGGCCACGACCCUCCGCUUCUCAUCCGAUCCACGACUGACAUCAGCUUCUCGGAAGCAAUACCACGACACCGCCAAGACCAAAGUCCUCUUCCACUGCCUAGAGAAUCCUUCCAUCGGAUCCAUGCAGGCUCUAGUCAUCCUUGCCAUCGAUACCAUCGGAACUUCGUGCUCGCUCCAGGGUAUGAACUUGCUGGCAUUUCUCGCCCGCUCCAUUACCCAGUUGGGAAUGGGCAACGAGAAGACGGUCUAUCUCGGCGCCCCUAAUUACACUCCCGUGUCUAACCUCCACCUCUCUCAUGCCCCUCAACCACCCUCCUGGAUCGAAGAAGAAGGACGCCGUCGGCUUGUAUGGAUGCUUUACAUCCUAGAUCGCUACACAACGAUCUCCACCUCCUCAACGUUUACCUUUCCCGACAAUGACAUCCACCUCCGACUUCCCUGCACCUACGAUCUUUUCAGCCGAAACGCCCCCGUCUCAACGCGCUGGCCGCGUGGGCCAAGUCCGUCCAACGAUCCACUAUCCUCAUCACCCUCUCACCUUGGCAGCUUCUCCUACCAUUGCGAGGUGCUCACCAUCCUCUCACGUGUGCACAACUUCCUCUCCGCGCCUCUCAACCUCUCUUCACCUGCCGCGAUAAGCCACUGGCGUGCAACGUACACCUCGCUUGACCACGAGUUGACCGCGUGGCUGCACUCCCUGCCAGGCGAAUAUGGCAAGAUUUCCCAACUCUGCCACUCAGACCCCGGCAGCAAGAUCUCAAACUGGAUCAUGCUACACGCUGCGUUCGUGACGGCCGUCAUACGCCUACACUCUGUCGCCGCCUACCCCACCAUCUCCAGCCCCCACUUCCCCCCUUCCCACAACGCCCUCCAACGCUGCCUCGGCGCCGUCGAAUCCCUCCGCGAGAUCGCUACCGACACCAUCGCCAACAGCAUGCUCGACCUGCUGGGCCCGCCCUUUGCCUUCAGCCUCUGGACAUCGGCGCGGCUGCUGCUCGUGCACGCGGCGACGCUCGACUGCGAAGUCGACCCGAAGAUCCGCUUCUUCAUCAGCACCCUCGAGGCCAUGGGCCAGUACUGGCAGAUCGCGCUGACGUACGCGCGCACGCUGGAGAGCGUCGUGCGCGAGGGCACCAAGAGCUCGCACAGCAUGGCGGGCAAGAAUGUCGCGAACGGGGAAGGGGCGCGCAGUUUCAGGGAGAUGCGCAGGGUGGCGUGGCGGACGGGGAGGGGGUUGAUGGGUAGGAAGGAGGGGGGGUGGUGGGAGCAGAGUCGAGUCUUGGUGCCGGCCGAGGGAGAGGUCGAGGCGCUGGAUGUUUUUGGCUUCUUUGAUUAUCCUAGGGUCGUGUCGGAGGAAGAGAGGGUGGGUGGUAGCGGGCAGGGGACUCCCGUGCGGGAGGUCGCUGGGGUGCAAUCUCCUGUAUUUGCUAUGCCCCAGCGAGAAGCGGAUUGGCUCAAUUUUCAGCCGCCGCACGAAUGA